UAAAAAAAUGUAUGAAAUUUAUUUAAAUUGUUCAAAGGUGAACGAGUGUGUGUGUUUUGAGGUUCCAAGUGUUUAAACCUGAGUUUGAAGCUGAAAGUGUUGUGAGAAAUGGAGAUGAAAGAGAGUGAGUAAUGGUGUGGUGUGAUGAGAAGGAGAAGGAAGGAAUGGAUCCCCGUGCGAUGCACGCUCGGGCCAUACGAUCGGAGAGCAAAGACCGUGCAGUGUGGAACAAACUCAUAACAAACUACUCCAAAUCAAACCUCUCUUCCUAUGCCCGUUCCCUCUUCCAUCAUCUCCCUCGUCCUCCCAACGUCGUCUCAUGGAGCGCUCUCAUCUCCGGCCACUCCAACACUCUCUUCUCCCUCCGCCACUUCCUCGCCAUGCUCCGCUACCCCACUCUCCCCAACCACCGCAUUCUCGCUUCCCUCUUCGAAUCCUGUGCCACCGUCUCCGCCCUGUCCUUCGCCCUCUCGCUCCACUCCCUUGCGUUUAAACUCGCCCUCGCCCGCAAUCCCUUCACCGCCUCCUCCCUCCUCUCCCUCUACUCCAAGUUCCGCAUGCCUUUCAGUGCCCGCAAAGUGUUCGACGAUAUUCCCCACCCGGAUAAUGUCUGUUUUUCCGCCUUGGUCAUUGCUCUCGCUCAGAAUUCCCGCUCUCUGGACGCUUUAUCCGUCUUCUCAGACAUGGCACGUCGGGGUUUUGCGUCCACUAUUCACAGCGUUUCCGGGGGUUUACGCGCUGCGGGUCAGCUAGCUUCUUUGGAGCAGUGUAAAAUGAUGCAUGCACACGUAAUUGUUGCGGGGUUUGAUACCAGUGUGGUGGUGGGUAGUGCUCUCGUUAAUGGGUAUGGUAAAGCUGGUGUUGUUAGCGAUGCGAGGAGGGUUUUUGAGGAUAGUUUGUCUGAUAUGAAUAUUGUGGCAUGGAAUGCGUUGAUGGCUGCUUAUGCGCAGCAAGGGGAUUAUAAAUCUGCUUUUGAACUGUUUGAGUCUAUGGAAGGUUGUAGACUUGUGCCCGAUGGGUAUAGCUUUUUGGCGAUCCUGACUGCUUUGUGUAAUGCUGGGAUGUUUCGGCAGAUUGAUCAGUGGUUUACGAGGAUGAUUGUGAAUUAUGGUUUGGAGCCGAGUUUGGAGCAUUGUACAUGUUUGGUGGGUGCAAUAGCACGUACUGGAGAAUUUGAUCGUGCUGAGAGGGUUGUGUUGAAUAUGCCGUUUGAGCCGGAUGCUGCAGUUUGGCGAGCUCUGCUAUCAGCUUGUUCGUAUCUUGGUGAGGCCGACAGAGCUUGGUAUAUGGCAAAGAGGGUAUUAGAGCUAGAGCCGCAUGAUCCUUUUGCUUAUAUUGUUGCUUCUAACGUGUUAUCGAGUGUGGGGAGGUGGGAUGAUGUUGCAGAAUUGAGGAAGAUGAUAAAGGAUAGGAGGGCGAAAAAAGUAAUAGGGAGGAGUUGGAUUGAAGUGCAGGGAGAAGUUCAUGUGUUUGUGGCGGCAGAUUGGAAGCAUAAGAGGUCCAAGGAAAUUUAUCAGAAGUUGCAAGAGCUUAUGGGGGAUAUUGAAAAAUUGGGGUAUGUUCCUGUUUUGGAUGAGGUGUUGCAUAAUGUUGAGGAGGAAAAGAGAAAAGAGGCUCUUUGGUAUCACAGUGAGAAGUUGGCUGUUGCGUUUGGGGUGUUGUGUGGAUCUGCACUACCAGGGAAGCCGUUAAGGAUUGUGAAGAAUUUGAGGAUUUGUAAGGAUUGCCACGAGGCUUUUAAGUAUAUGACAAGAGUUUUGGAAAGGGAAAUUAUUGUGAGGGAUGUCAACAGAUACCAUAGAUUUGUGAAUGGUAACUGUACGUGUAGAGACACAUGGUAGAAUAUGUUAGUGACUGUGAAUAUGUUAGAGGGUUAUUUCAAAUAGCAGAGGAUACUGAGAAAGAGCCUGAUUUUUCACAUAGUGUUUUAAUCACUUGAAAAACUGCAUCAUAUACAGAGAGACAUCGGGGAGAAUGGAAUGGAGAAAGCUUGAAUGUUUUUGGAAUUUGUCAAUGUCAAAACACGCCUCAUCUGUCGGUCAAAGAAGUGAAAGUUUCUUCACCAUUGGCUGCCUUGGGGACGUCUUUGAUUGGUAAAUUCAACAGCUUAUACAAAACUCAAUACUCACUUCUUACUUGGUCUAAAGAAUGAAUUGUCAGUUUCAAAGGCUAAAGUUAUUGAAAGAUACAACAUAUAUUAUAGAUAUUCUUCUACAGAUGUUGCUGCAAAGCAUACAAUUAUUGA